AUGCCCGAACCCCCAGCAACAAGAGAACGCUUCAUAGCGCACCAUACGGGAUUUGCGAUGAAGAAAAUAGGUGUCGUGAGUCUUAGCAAGGGUGUAGUCCUGUUCAAUCUCGGGUUCGUGACGCUGAAUACCCGCCUUGCUUGCAUCAACAUCGGGGGUGUCGCGUUCAACCGAACCUUCGCUGGUGUGAACGGCGGUUCCGUCAUGGUUAACCAGGCGGUUGCGUGCGUACACGUUGGUGUUGUCUUGAUCAACCUCGGGGUACUUGUCACCAAUGUUGGCUUCAUUCUCGUCAACAUGGGCGUCGCCGUCAUGAACGCGGGCUUUGUGCUCUGGAACCCGGGUGUUGUCGUUGCGACUGCCAGCUUUAUUCACGCCAAUAUCGGAGCUGCUGCGAAGCGUGUUUCUUUUUCCAAGCUUCGCAAGGAGCUUGGCCCUGCGUUUCCCAAAACGUCGCUAGCGUAA